UUGCUACAUACCGAUGCCGAAAGCAACAGAUGAAGGAUAUCGAGUAAUAAUUUUUCGUUUAUUUGAUGAUAAUCCAGAUUUUAACAUCGUCAAUUUUCACUCGCUCAUCUACAAUGUUACUGAAGUGAGAAUGAAAGAGGAUUAUAAUGUUGGCGAUAUCAUGGUUUACGAUUUCAAACACUUGAAUUUAGAGCACCUAGCUCAGUGUACUCCUACCCACAUAAAAAACUAUACUACAAUACUAGAGAAAGCAUUCAACAGUAAUAUCAAACAAAUGCAUUUGAUUAAUCAUCCAUCAUUUGCUGAACCAGUUAUAAAUCUAGCGAGGAAACUGUUAAAUCCCAAAGUCGCACAAAGGGUGAGUGAAUUCUGUUCAAAAACUAUAGAAGAAAUCAUAAUGGUAGAAUUGAAUGGAUCGUGA